CUCUUAGCUUUGAACUUCCAUACAGAUAACUUUUUGGUCUUAGCAUUGAUCUUCCAUCACACUAUUAUCAUAUAGCCUUAAAAUUAACCCAAAAUCACACCAAAGUCCAUAUCUCCAAAAUAGGAAGAUCUUCCCAAAAGUCAAAACGACACCGUCUAAUUCCUAUCAUUGAAACAUUGGAAGAGUAUACUAGAGUCUUCUUCAACUCUCAACUCACAAAUUUUAAGCAGCAAAAAUGGUGGCAAGUACAAUUUUUACUUAUUUUGCUUCCCCUUCAAUUACUUCUCAACCCACAAAAAUCUCGCCUUUUGCUUCAAUUUCAAAAAGGAGCUCAAACAAAUCGAUUGUAUCUGUAUUAUCCAAUCCAUCCAAUGAUUAUUCUUCACUUGCUGGAUUAUCUAGUAAAAGCAUUGGUCUUCCAUUAAAGCUCGACCUGCCUGGCCAAUACAAUAGCAACCUAAGCAACGGGCCUAUAGAAGCCAGAAAGGGUAAUCCACCUGUAAUGCCUGCUGUAUUGACACCAGCAGGGCCUCUGGACCUGUCUAGCGUAUUAUUUAGAAAUCGGAUAAUAUUUAUUGGGCAACCAGUGAACUCUCAGGUGGCUCAGCGGGUUAUCACCCAGCUGGUAACUUUGGCUGCUGUUGAUGAAAACUCUGAUAUACUGAUCUAUCUAAACUGCCCUGGUGGAAGCACCUAUUCUGUGUUAGCGAUUUAUGACUGCAUGUCUUGGAUAAAACCAAAAGUUGGGACAGUUUGUUUUGGUGUAGCUGCAAGUCAAGGUGCACUUCUCCUUGCUGGUGGAGAAAAGGGGAUGCGCUAUGCGAUGCCAAAUACACGCAUUAUGAUUCAUCAACCGCAGAGUGGAUGUGGGGGUCAUGUUGAGGACGUCAGGCGUCAAGUUAAUGAAGCAGUUCAAACCCGACAUAAAAUUGACCAAAUGUAUGCUUCAUUCACUGGUCAAACGCUUGAGAAAGUACAGCAAUACACAGAGAGAGAUCGUUUCUUAUCCGUCACAGAGGCAAUGGAGUUCGGUCUUGUAGAUGGCAUUUUGGAAACUGAGUAUUGAGGAUGCUGUAUUUGAUGCUUUGGGAAACGUUUCAUGAUCCAUCUUCCUUAUUGCUGUUGUACCAUUAGUAUAGUCUUACGAGUAAUCCGACACUAAUUUUAAUCUGUUGCAGUCACAGCUCAACUAGUUAGUUUACAUCAUUUGUAAUUGGGACAUGGUUGUUGUCCUUGUAUAUCUUCAAAGAGGAAUUACAUUCAUUUAUUUGGAUCUCAA